AUGGAAAAUACCAGAUCCAUCCUUGGCGUUUGUCACUUCACUGGACACCAACCUAUGCAAAAUCCAAAGUCUACCAAGGGCAAAGCUGUUAAUUCACGUGAAGGUAGCACCAUGUGGUGUGAACUUUGUGGGAUCAGUUGUCACACUUACGAGAUGCUUAAAGUUCACCUAGCAAGACAAAAACACAAAAAGAAGUUGAAGAAAUCAAAAGAACCCAUUGUACCUAGCCACGUGUCAUGUGAACUUUGUGGGAUCAAUUAUAGCACUAUCGAGGUGCUUAAAGUUCACCUCACGAGACAAAAACAAAAAAAGAAGUUGAACAAAUUAGAAGAACCAGUUGUACCUAACCCCGUGUCAUGUGAACUUUGUGGGAUCAAUUGUAGCACUACUGAGGUGCUCAAAGUUCACCUAACAGGACAAAAACACCAAAAAAAAAAAUUGAAGAACCCAGAAAUACCAACCAGACCUAAUCCCGUGUCGUGUGAACUUUGUGGGAUCAAUUGUAGCAUUACCGAGGUGCUCAAAUUUCACCAAACAAGACAACACCACCAAAAGAACUUGAAGAAGCGAGAUGAUGCAAAUGAAGAGGGAAAAGUUGUAAAUUUGGAUGGAUGUAACGGGAAGACAAAGAGAGUGGUAAGUGAUGAGGAUUUGGAGGCAAAGAGGUAG